UACAUUUGCCUUGCAAUUUCCGCUCUCUCCCCCCAACUCUUCCUCUUCUCUCUCUAUAACUCCGGGGAGACACACACACACACACUUGUAUACAUACACCCACGCGAAUCAAUCUGUUCUGUCGCUUCUUUUUCUUCGAUUUUAGAUCGAAAUAAUGGAGUAUCGUACGUUGGAUAUCACACUUCAGUAUGCCAAGGAUCUGAACAAAGUCAACUUCAUCACCAAGAUGGAUGUUUAUGCCGUCGUCUCCAUCUCCGGUGGGGAUAAGAACUCGAAGCAGAAGACCAAGACGCCGGUGGAUCACGAUGGAGACGAUAACCCCACCUGGAAUUUCCCUAUGAAAUUCACGGUGGAUGAGGCCGCGCUGCAGAUGAACCGCCUUACCCUCGAUUUCAAGCUUAUCUGCGAGCGGGCUCUCGGAGAUAAAGACGUCGGGGAGGUUCACGUGCCCAUUAAGGAACUUCUUGAUUCUCCGGCGAAGCCCGGGGCCGACGGUAAGCAGUUCGUGAGUUACCAAGUCAGAAAACCUAGCGGAAAACCCAAAGGCCAGCUCAGUUUUUCGUAUCAAUUCAGCGAGAAAACCGUGGGCGCAUCAGCAGCUCCUCCCCACGCGUCGGCGAUUCCGUUGGCGCCACCGUCAGGGAAGGCUGAUACGGAAGCCGUCACGGCGUACCCGGCUGGACCCAGUUUAGCCUAUCCACCUCCCGGAGCCUACCCGCCUCUGGCCCCAUACCCUGCAGGGGAGGGCGGUGCACAUUAUCCACCUCCAGCGCCGUACCCUGCGGCGGAGGGAAGUGGACAUUAUCCACCGCCAGCGCCGUACACGAAGGCGGAGGGAAGUGGACAUUAUCCACCACCAGGAGGAUACCCACCAGCCGGGGGUACGUAUCCUCCUCCACCACCAGGGGGAUACGGGUACCCGCCUCCUCCUCCGGGGUACGGGUACCCGCCGCCGCCUCCACCAGGGUACGGAUAUCCACCGCAGCCGGGUUAUGGUUACCCACCGCAACCACCUGUGCAGCAAGCGGCAAAGAAGAACAAGUUUGGGAUGGGAUUAGGGGCUGGGCUGCUUGGAGGUGCCAUUGGUGGACUACUGGUUGGAGAUAUGAUUUCAGAUGCUGCCGAUUUCGACGGUGGAUUUGACUUUUGAGCUUUUCUUUCUUGUUCCUUUCUUUAUUUUCAAGUGUUUUUUUAUUUUUGUUUAAUUUAAUGAAACAAUGUUCUUGGAGGUGGAUAAAUGAUUGAUUCAGUCUUACAUAUAGAUCUGUAUCUUCAACUCUUGUAAAUUUAUUCUUGGUUGGAAUAUUCUCCAUGAUAUUAUUGUAAA